CGGAACCAACACAAAAGUAUUUGGCCUUCCGCAGGCGUGCGAUUUGAAGUGCAGGGGUGCUUCAUAUUCACAUUAAUCGCAAACAGCAGCUGUGCGUUAGAAAAUGGCUACAGCGAGGAGCAGUGUGGACCCUCUGUCUGUAGAGGAAGCGACAGAAGACACAAACGAGGGUGACAAAGGGACUCCACUGUGGGAGCAUCAGGAGCUGUCUCAGUCUCGAAAAUGUUGCGUCGGACUCCCCCUGCCGGGACCUGCGGGAGGAUACCCAUAAAAGUCUUAAGAGGCCACACUGAUGCCGUAAGUAGCUGCAGUUUCUGUUUUGAAGACAGCAGAAUCGUGACGUCUUCCCACGACCGAACUGCGAAGCUGUGGGAUGCUGAAAGUGGAGUGCCCUUAUUGGUCUUCGACAGAGGACACUCUGCGCCAAUCACUGGAUGUGCUUUGACUCCGGAUCAUAACAGGCUAAUCACAGCAUCCUGGGACAAGACGAUGAAAGCCUGGGACAUGAAAACAGGAGAGGUUCUAUGGUCGGCUGCUCACGAUGGCCUCCUGACCUCCUGCAGCGUGUCUCCCGAUGGGAACUACGUAGCCUCCUCCACAGAUAUGGAAAAUGCGAUCUACAUCACCUGUGUGGACUCUGGGGAGAAAAUAUUUAAAAUCAAAGGUGGGACGUUUGCUUUUUUGGGGGGGGUGGUGUGAAUGGCUUAAAAGCGGAUAAACUGUACAGUUUUCUUGCGAAAUCGUGAAUGGAGUUCUUUACUCCUGCAUAGUCGUUGCUCUUGCCCAGUCUU